AUGGCUACCGGUUCACAACAGAUGACCAGGUGGGAGACCGCUCAGGAUGGUUUGGACAAACUGUCCAAAUCCAAUUGUCCAGUCCCAAUUCCAGGCGAGGACGAGGUGCUUGUUGAAAUCCGUGCAGUGUCUCUGAAUUACCGAGAUACCGAAGUUGCCAUGGGCCUUUACACCCACCACAAAGCAAUUGGAGCGAGUCCGAAGGUCGUCCCUUGCUCAGAUAUGUGCGGCAUUGUGGUGGGAGUUGGAAGCUCCAAACGUGACGGCUGGAAUGUCGGAGACCGUGUUCUUUCCAUUUUCAAUCAGACACAUCUUACGGGCCAGAUCAAAGAGAAGCACAUGCCGUAUGGUCUCGGCUUACCCCUCGAUGGUGUACUUCAACAGUAUAGAGUCUUCCCGGUGACAGGACUGGUCAAAGCUCCCGAUUAUCUCACCGAUGAAGAAGCAUCAACUCUGCCCAUUGCAGCACUUACAGCAUGGAUGUCUAUCAAUGGAAUGAGACCCAUCAACCAUCCAGGUGGGCAAGGAGAGACUGUCCUGCUACAAGGGACCGGCGGAGUUUCCAUAAGUGGCCUGCAAAUUGCACACGCAGCUGGGGCGAAGACAAUCGUAACAUCCUCGUCCGAUGCCAAACUUACCCGUGCUGAGGCGUUGGGAGCGACGUUCACCAUCAACUAUCGCAAGGAUCCUGACUGGCAGAAUACCGUCAUGAAACUGACCGAGAAUGAAGGCGUCGACAUCAUAUUUGAAAACGGAGGUGCACAGACUCUGAGGAAAUCAUUCGACUGUAUUUCAUUCGGGGGUCUUAUCAACUGCAUUGGUUAUCUGAGUGGGAAGCAAGACGAGCCCGCCGAUCGUACCAAUACCAACGUCCUGGCGCUGCGGCGCAACGUCACGCUAAAAGGAAUCCUCAACGGGCCUAAAGACAGAUUUGAGGAAAUGAUGCGCUUCUAUGAGGCAAAGAAGAUUAAGCCUGUGGUCGACAAAGUCUUCCCCUUCGACGAAGCCAAAGAAGCUUUCAAGCACCUGACAGAGGUCGAAGAGCGGUUGGAGAAGGCGGAAGCACUGUUGAAGACUUUUUUCACUGAAGCUGAACUGUCGCAAAUGCUUGUUCAUGGCAUCGCCAACAACGUCGAGAUCCCAUCCAGGACUGCAGGUCACCCGACGACUGAAACGUCUUCACAGGCGACCGCAUCAGGCUUCUCUCAAACUCCUGUAGCGGCACAGGGUUCUGCGCCUCGACAACAAGAGCGGACUCGAUCCUUCUCCGCCAUUGGUGCAGAGCCAGACCAGAAGGUCGACCUGAGCCAUCUUGAGUCCCCGGGUGACUCAAAGACCGAAGUGGCUGACGACACCACUUUUGCGCUAGACAAUCCCCCAGCAGGUGAUGAAGACUUCGCAUGGGAUGAGCGGGAAUCUUCUUGGAACAUUGCAGAUCCAGGUACCGGCGGUUCAGCUUUUGGGGGCAAUGUCGACUCUGAAAUCCCCAAAAUCACGGACGGAAUGGCCACAUUGACUGCCGAUGACUCUAAUGCGGGCUUUCUUGGUUCAGUCUCGGGCUCUGCUCUCUUGCGACUUAUAUGGAUGAGUACUGGCACCGACAACAAAGCAAAUCCGAAAGCUGAACGACGUGAAAGCUUAGAGCAGCUCUUCAGCCAUCGCUCGACCGAGUAUCCCGCAACCGCUACCCCAUGGCUCCGGGCACAGCCUCUGUUCACUCGAGCGGUAGUCGACAGCCUCAUCGAUGCCUACUUUGCUCUCUACCACCCGACCUUUCCUAUUCUCCACGAAGUUACCUUCCGCGAACAGUAUGCGAAGCUCAACAGUCGCACGACCAGCAGCACAUGGCACACUCUUGCCAAUCUCGUUGCGGCUCUGGGAUCCUUUGUAUCGAGUACCUGCUCCGAUGAUACCCAUGUCACUCUUUUCAACGGCGUAAAAGCGAAUUUGUCCAUCAAUUCCCUAGAGACUGGAAGUAUUAGUCUGGUCCAGGCGUUUGCGAUGGCUGCAAACUACCUGCAGAAGCGAAACAGACCAAACAGUGGCUACAACUAUGGAGGUAUUGCGCUACGACUCGCAAUAUCACUGGGCCUCCACAAGGAGUUUCGCGGAUGGCAGACUGCGCCGUUCAAAAAGGAAAUACGGAGAAGGGUUUGGUGGUCGCUCUGUGUGCUGGAUGUUGGCGCAACCGUGACUUAUGGUAGGCCUUUGAAUUGGCCUCAAGUCGGCGUCGAUAUCCCCUUUCCGCUGAAUAUCCAUGAAAAGGAUCUUCAAAUGGACUGUACAUCAUACCCUCCCGAGGUCAAUGAACCUACCAUCUACACGUACGUCCGAACGCAGUCGUCCUACCAUCUCCACACCAUCAGAAUUUAUAACCGUCUCAUCUCCAAUCCGAUUCCGUCGGCUGCAGAACUGAUCUCCCUCGAUGACGAGCUGAUAGAGGGCUGGCUAAGCAGCCUUCCACCCUACUUCCGCGACAACCACCUAGCACUUCCCAAUGAAUAUCUCCUCGGUCAUGCCAUUAGCCGAUGGCGCUUUCGAAUCAUGCGCAUCAUCAUGUACCGUCCAUUCUUGAUCCGAUGGGCACAGGACGGCUUGGACAGCGCAACAGUGGCCCCGAAAUCACCGGCACAGAAUGCCCCUGCUGAGACAAUUGCAACCAAUCGGUGCUUCAAGGCUGCCGAGGAAUGUAUUUCAGCCAUUUUCGACUUUUGGUCUUCUGGAACUCACACUAGGCUCGCAGCCUGGUACGUCUUAUAUUUCCUUCUUCAGGCAGCUUUGAUACCGAUUCACUGUCUGCGGCGCAAUCCAAAUCACGCCGACGCCAGCUCAUGGAGGAAUCAGAUCUUGACAGCCCUGAGCAUCAUCAACGCAAUGAAUGAUCUCAACCCAAGCGCCCCGAAGUGUCGAGAUAUCAUUCAUCGACUUUGUGGAGAGAGCCUUGACUACAAACCGCUGACACAAUCACAACAAUCCCGUCCACAGCCCCAGAUGCAGACCCAGCAAGAUACAGCCGGUUCGUGGACCCCCUUUGCCAACACCGACAGCAGCUUCAGCACCCCACCCUUUCCCUUUUCGAACCCAGACUCUACUGAUACAGGCAUGAAUCCCUGGAUGACCGAAAUCGACACUGCCAUUGACGGAUACGACAUCUACUGCGACCGUCUCAGCCAUGCAGCUAUGGCUGGGAUGGGUCGUCUGGGCAGCGCGGGUGAAGCCGGCCUGCCAGGAGGCUUUGCCAGCACUGAUGGGACACAAAUUGGAACCGGAGUGCAGGACUGGGAUUGGACGUUGAUGCUGUAA